UCUAGGCUUGGAUGGAGACUUGGAAUUAUGGAAGAGGUCAAUCAAGCAGAUAAGAUUUAGAAAGAAAACUCCACAUCUAUUGCCAGCAAUGCUCAGUGGGAGAAGUAUAGGAAACCAAAGCUUACAAAUCCGAUGCCUUUUAGGAAGCAACUUUGGAGAAAAGAGCUCAUGCGCCACUGAAGGAGAUCACAUUAGUCAGGACUCCAGGGGCAAAUUCAACAAGCAAACAUCAUAACGUGAUAAAGGGUAGGCAUGCAUGGACUUGUAAUACAAGUCAAGAAAAAUAUUAAAGGGGAUCCUAUCUUCUAUAAGUAGCAAGGUAAUCGAUAUAGAGUUCUACUUUCGCUGAUUCAUAGGGUUUCCAUCCCAAAAACUUUAACUUCCAUAUUUCACACAACAUUCUCUCCAAAAUGUCGCCGCAAAUGAAGAUCGUUGUGAAGGUAUCAAUGCACUGCGACAAAUGCAGAACCAAGGCCUUGAAGAUUGCAGCUGCUGCACACGGUGUUAGUAAAGUGUCGAUAGAAGGAGCAAACAAAGAUCAUGUGGCGGUGAUCGGGGAUGGUGUAGACUCGGUCUGCUUGAUGAGGUCAUUGAGGAAAAAGUUCGGCUGUUCCUGCACCCUAGUCAAAGUUGAAGUAGUGAAGCCGGCAGAUAAAACUGAGAAAAAGCCACCUCCAGCUCCUCCACCUACUCCAGCUCCUUCACCAAGCUGUGUUCAAAGGUGUUGCGCUACCCAGUUUCGUCCAAUGUACUGUGAACUGGUUCAUGAAUAUCCAGAACCAACCACUUGCUCCAUAAUGUAAUUGCGUAUGACAUGAAUAAGUUGAACUUGAUUAUGAUCAUUUUCAUUUUCUCUUUUCCCUUGUAGAUGCAUGGAUCUAAAGUUCAUAAGAAAUAUUUUUAUAUCAAUUGCUUGUCUCUUUGAAA